GGGAGGAUCAUCGGAAACGUCAGUGACACUGCACCAUAUCAAUUAUCAUACAUCUCUGUGACACGGCCACGGGCAGCUCAGAGGACAGUAUUGAUUCUAGCCUAGCAUUGCCAUUGGAACCCACUCAUCCAACGAUCGGCCUGCAAGAUGGAGUAUAUGCCAGGAACAGCUAGUUUGAUCGAUGAAAUUAAUAAAAAGCUUCUGGUUGUCCUAAGAGAUGGUAGGACCCUGAUAGGUAUUCUGAGAAGUAUUGAUCAAUUCGCCAAUCUUGUGUUACAUCGUACCAUUGAGAGGAUACAUGUAGGCAGACAGUAUGGAGACAUACCAAGAGGUGUCUUUGUUGUCAGAGGAGAGAAUGUGGUCCUUCUUGGUGAAGUAGAUACAGAGAAUGAGAAUAAUCACCAUUUGGAGGAAGUUUCUAUUGAUGAGAUCCUUGAAGCGCAAAGAGCAGAACAGCUAAAGAAUCAAGAGGAAGAGAAGACACGGAAUAAGAAACUUUUAGAGAGAGGACUCCAACCUCAUGGUGAACAAGGAAUUGACGAGUUUCCAUGAAUCAUCCAUACCACAUUUCAGAAGACUUUUGUUUUUCUUUAAUUAAUUUAAACUCUUAGAGCAAGUGGAGACUAAGUCGGGGACUAUUGUAUUUUUUCCCUGAGUGUUGAGAUCUCUGUCUUAUCUGCGAAAAAAGGAUCAAGUUUUAAUCUUACACAGCAAUGACACAGUGGACAGUUUUGUAAGACUUGAUCAUUUUCUCGGAAUCAACCAAGGACUGGAUGUCAUCAGAAAACUGCUCUUUACAGCUUAAAAUCUGAGAGCAAGAGUUGACUGAACCUUCUUUUUUCUUUGAGACUCACAAGCUUCCUUGUUUAGAAAUCUUGCAUCAAAUUGUGACACCAUGGAGCAAGGCAGAAGGUAUGGAUAACUUUUGUGAAUCAACUUGAACCAAAAUUUAGUUUUAAGUGAAACUUAAAAGCAAGUUGAGACUGAAUCAAGGAUUUUUAUUUUUGUGUAUUUUGUUGUCAAGUUCCUUGUCAAAAGCAAAAGCUUUAUCUCUGCCACAGGAAUCCUGCAAGCAGGUUCUCAUCACAGUUACCAUACAGCAAUGCUGCAAUAAAUAGAUGCAUAGCAUCAUUAUAGCAUGAUUCCUGCUAAAAGGCAUGACACAGGGGUUUGACAAGCUGCUACACACAUGAUUUUUUAAGUUCAAACAGAAUUGAUGCAAUUGUGGAGACAUCAAAAUUUUUGAGUUGAUAAAAUGCGAUAUUUUUUUCUUUUAUUCAGAAUUGAAAGUGUUUCAGUUAAAUCAUUUCAAAUUAUGUAGAAAUAAUCAAAUAAAAAAUGGAAUAUCACAAUUUUUAAAGGAAAUUUUGAAAGAAUGAUGAAAUGUGUAUUUUGACUAAAAUCGCGUAAUUGAAAGGAAGCUAUUCUUCAGAAUUAGAGCAAAGCAAUUCUGGUUUCAAUCAUGGAUAUUGAAAAACUUGGUUUCAGAAAUUAUGUCAUUUCAAUCACACUGUCAAUGGCCAGUACCUGGGGGGGGGAGAAUAAAGAUGUUUACAAAGAUGUGUUUAUGAAUGAAUGGCAACAUUGUAAGCUAAAAUUAGGGUAAUUCAAAUACUUUAUUUUAGUAACAGCAAAAUUUGAAAUAUACCAGUGUAGAAUAACAUACUUAUUGAACACAUUAAUUUUCAAAGUAAGGUACGGUAGAUACUUUACUGUUUACCAUAAUUUAAUGCAUACGUCAAUUAUUUGAAUUAUUGCUACACAUUGCGACAAGAUCAGGGUUGUGGCGAUUAUCCGCAUUACUCUCGAAAUGUGUUCAUAUAGUCAAAAUCUGGUCCCGAUGCUGCUAUUAUGCGGAUAAUUGCAGCAUCAAAAUAAUGCGGAUAACUCUGGUCCUCCUCCGAUUUUACGACCAAAUUAUGCUGCUGUUAGCCGCAUAAUUGGGUUUAUGAAUGGGGUAUAAGACAUAUGGAAACAUGUGAGUUUCCAUUGACCUUAAAGGUACAUGUACAUGGUUUUGAGAUCUUUUCAUCAGAUAUAUUUCAUUAACAUGUCAAGAAGUUUUUCCAUACCAAAAUUACAGCUACACUUGAAUCAUUCAGAAAAGAGUGCCGCAAUAACAACGGAAAUUAAUUUACCAAAAAUCAACUAUUUAUGUACAUGUAGAUGAAACAAUAUAUGUAUGGUAAGGGAGGGUAUGCAAAUGAGUUGUUUGUCAAGUAUGAUAUAGUUUAUUUGCAAUUAAGGAUAUCAUCAUGAUAAAAAUUGUGCUUUUAGUUAUUUUCUCUCAUUUCUAAUGAUUUUAUAAUUACACUCUUAUAAUUGAAACCCAUGAAAGGUUAUGUAAUUUUGACUAUUUCAUUUUGUGUAUGCCUAUUAAAUAGGAAGAUGUCAUCCUUGAAAAUCAUUUUUUUAGAGAUAUUGAAUUUUGCCUUUUGUCUUGUCUAAAAAAAUUAUUGACUUUAAUUUAGGAUGGAACUAUAGUUGCUGAUUUAUCACACUCUGAUAUAACUUCAUUUACCCUUUUUCUCUGCCCCUCUUCUAUUUCUCUCAUUCUCACACCUUCCCCCUCUCUUCUCUUUUCUUCCAUCUAGCGUUUCUUUUCAUGCAAAUCUAAUUGUUUAGUCUCAGAGUUUACAAUAUAUUUUUAACACAUUGUUUAUCAACCUCACAUUUUUUUUUUGACAAUUGCUCCGUGCCCACUGCUUCUGGUUUCAUUUCCUGAAUAAAAGUGGAGUUUAAGGUUGU